UCUUCAUCGCAUCCCUUCUCCUUGUAUAAAUGCCCCCGCGCCGCUCACCGGCCUCCGCGGCCGAGCCUGGCCGUGCCUGCUCCGCCUCGUCUUGCCGCCCGGCCCCCGCGCCGCUCACCGGCCUCUACGCCGCGUCCCGGCCUCCGCGGUCAAGCCCGCCCACUCCCGCUCCAGGCUGUGGCCGCGCCCCGCCCGUGGCGCCUGCACCGCGCCACGCCGCACCCCAAUCCCGGCCGCCAUGCCGAGCCCCGCGCCCGGCCGUGCGCCGCGCUACGCCGGCCGCCCUGCCGCCAGGCCACGCGCCCUCUAGCACGCUCUUGGUCUUCCGAACUGUGGCUGGGCAACGCGGCGGCGCCCUCCGGCGUGGCUCCCCGCAGCGGCGACGGCGACGCGGCCCUCGGCUCGCAUCCGCGCAGGCGGCGCCCGAGGAACAGCCCUCGGCUGGCCCUCCGGCGUGGUUCCCUGCAGCGGAGAUGACGACUCGCCGGGUUUUCCCGCUCCUCGCUGAUGAGACGGCCGCCGGCAGCGGGGAUCGGAGGAGCGGUUGCUCCCGAGGUCUCCCCCUGCCUUAUCCACUCCAGGCGGUGGGGCUGGGCCGCCUGUAAGGCCGUAUGGGCCGGCAGGCCCUUGUGUUCUCGGUCCAUUUUAAAUCCUGCUGAAUUAAUCCUAUAUUUUCUUGAUUAAUUCGCAUUUUGUUCUAUUAACAGUGGUUUAACUCUGUUUUAGACACUGUUAAUUACAGUACUUAAAUUUCAGUAUUGUAAAUAUGUUGAGUACUAUGUAUUCCAUAUAAUAUGUUGAUGUAAUAUAUCUCCAAGUUUCUUACAUGUUGAGAUUAAUUACAUCUAUUAUUUGCAAUUGAGAUUUUCUUUAUCUCUUGCAAAGAUAAAUUCAGUACCUCUGUAGUACUGUUUCUCCGUUGAAUACAAGGUAUUCCGAAAUA